UUGGCCAUCUGAGGACCUGUCUUCUGUUUUUCAGAGGAUUACCCCAAUGGCACCUGGCUGGGCGAUGAGAACAACCCAGAGAUGCGGGUGCGUUGCGCCAUCAUCCCCUCCGACAUGCUGCACAUCAGCACCAACUGCCGCACGGCCGAGAAGAUGGCGCUCACGCUGCUGGACUACCUCUUCCACCGCGAGGUGCAGGCCGUGUCCAACCUCUUGGGGCAGGGCAAGCACGGGAACAAGCAGCUGGACCUGCUCACCAUCUAUGGCACCCAGUGUCACCUUUUCUAUAAAUUUGGCAUCACAGAAUCUGACCGGUACCGAAUCAAGCAGAGCAUCGACUCCAAGUGCCGCACGGCGUGGCGGCCCAAGCAGUGGGGCCAGAGCCUGGCGGUCAAGAGUUUCUCGCGGAGAAUGCCCAACUCAUCCUCCUACUGCCCUUCAGAGCCGAUGAUGAGCACCCCACCUCCUGCCAGCGAGCUCCCGCAGCCACAGCCGCAGCCGCAGGCCCUGCACUAUGCGCUGGCCAACGUGCAGCAGGUGCAGAUCCACCAGAUCGGAGAAGACGGACAGGUGCAAGUAGUACGUACCCUCUCCACCUCGCACCUUGGUAAAGGGGGCUGCGGGGUGGGCCACGGCAGGGCCAUGGCGGCUUCCACCAGUUCCGCUGUGUUUCGGGAGCACAGUGAUAGCUUGGGAGGAGGCACAAGGUUCCCAUUUAAAGUAGAGGUCAUCGUGGCCAUGAGCUCUUAACAUUUCACAGGUGGGGGCGGCUGCUGCAGAGCCUAGGGAUUGAAGCACAUGGUGGGGUGGGGCGUUCAGUCAGCUCACCUCAGUCCUGCCAGCAGGCAGGCGGGCAGUCAGCUCCAAGGGUCAGGCCAUGCAGUGGUCCCUGCCCCAGCUCGUGCUCCUGGGAAGCAUCGGAAAUAUUUCUCAGCUCAGAAGUGCAGGCGUCCUCUUACUGAGGGAAAGAGUAAUUUCCUUCUAGGAUCAGUGGCAAAAGCUUGAGGUCAUUGUUCCCAUGCAGCGUUUCCCUUGGAGUUACUCAGCACACCCAGGUUGGGCGGGCACUGUCCCAGCAGCAAGUCAAUGUCCUGCCUUGCCCGUGCGGAGUUCUCUGUUGGGGUUUUGUGACCCAAGCUGUGGUCAGUCUGAUGCACCUAGGGGCUCGCUCCCGGGUGAAGUCCCUCUACAAACACCUCCUGGAUUCUGUGGCACGAGAGUAGGGGGCGGCUGAGAAGAAGACUUUUCUGGAAGCUUUGCUGAGUGACUAGAAAUUUUACAUGUACCACUAGACAUCGCCUAUGUUUUUAGUGGCACCAGCCCCCUUGGGACCUCUGAAGACAGGUCAUCGUGUGCCUCCGUGUCACCAGGGCUUUCUCCUGGAAACAAGGUCCUCCACUAUUGAGAGUGGGUCAUGGCUCUCAUCUCAGUGUGGCUUCAGCAUGCUGUCUGGAAGAGGGAAGGCUUCCAGAAAAUUCUGGGGCUUUUAGAGGGGGCAUUACCCUUCCUCUUCCAAAGGAGAUGAGACAGUUAUGAAUAGUGAAUCUUAUUUAAUAAGCUUAUUAAUUUGUUUGACAUUCACAAUGGCAGUUCCUCUCAUCUUGUUAGUAAGAAGUUCUUUGAAAGCGUUCCAGAGUAGAUAACUUUGUCAUAAGGCUUACAUAGAACAUUCUACAGGAGUUUAAGAUCCAUUUCGACUAAGAGAGAAUUUCAAAUAAGAUAAGGAGUAUUCAUUUCAUUUACAGGUUUAUAGGAAAUAUUUGUCUGCCCAUAUGUAUAAACAGUGGAUUCUUUGAUUUUUUUUGCAUCACAUUUGUUAGUGUUUCCUCAAACUGUUUAAAUAGUCAUAUGAGUGUUUCUUUGAUUUGAAAAACGUUGCCUGCCCUGUUGUGAGUGUAGGCACGCAAACAGCUCCCCUGCUUCAGCCACACACUGCUUGCGUAGCCUCCGAGCAUCCCCAGAGAGCUGAACAUAUCAUUUGAAAAGAGGUGUUAUUGUGAUUUUCUAUUUCCCCUCUUUUCUGUGUGUCAUGCACAUUUUAAAAUUUACUUGUUUAGUAACAUUUAAAGAUGUAUAUAUCUUUCCUGGGACCUAUUGCUCCUUUGUGAAGUAUUGGAAAAUGUUCUGUGUUACACAGUAGCCCCCCCUUACCCAUGCUUCCACUUUCCUAGGUUUUAAUUACCCAUAGUCAACUGUGAUCUGAAAAUAUUAGAUGAGAAACUCCAGAAAUAAACAAUUUGUAAGUUUCAGAUUGCAUACUCUUCUGGGUAGUAGCAUGAUGAAGUCUGGUCGUCCUGCUGUGUCCAGCCCGGGACGUGAGUCAUUCCUUUGUCCAGCAUGUCCAAGCUGUGUGGCACGUAUGGGCAGGAAAAAGCAUAGCAUAUACGGGGUUCAGCACCAUCCACGGUUUCUGACGUCCACGUGGUGGGGGGAGGGGGCGCUUCUUGAAACCCUCAUGGAUUAGGGGGACUACUGUGAACCAAAAGCUUAAUUUAAAGAGGUGACCACAGACUAUAUUGCACUAUUCAGGAUUUAGUUAUCUUUUUGAAUUGUAAACAGAUAAUCAAGAACAAACAUUCCGGAAGAUGUUUCUUGUUUCCUUUGCUUUUUAUUUUCUUCUGAUGCUUCUUGGUGUCUUUUCUUGCUGCGGAUCCCACAGGGACACCUCCACAUCGCCAAGGUGCCACAGGGGGAGCAAGUCCAGAUCACGCAGGACAGCGAGGUGAGUCAUCUCUCGCUGCAGCCCUGUCCCUGCAGGCACUGUGCCCGCAUGCUCGCGACCUUCAUCGGUGUCACAGUGCGAGGGCAGCAGGGAGCCCCCAGGAUGGGGAACGUGGGCGAGGGCUGCAGGACUCCGCUUCCAGGGUGCACAUAGCAGGCCUGCAGUCUCUGUGGCCUCACUGCCUCCCCCUCCUGUCUGUUGGUCUCCACAGCUUCUGGUCUGUCUUGGCAAAGAUCUCCUGGGUAGAUAUUUCUGCUCCUGGCUGGAAGUGCCCUCUGAGUACCCUUCUCUCCCUGUCUGGCCCUGCCCUUCCUGCCAGGGGAGGGCCCCAGUGUGGCCGAGAUGGGGUCUGCUCCUGCACAGGUGACCUGACAUACCCCCUCAUCUGCCAUGUGGCCCCAGCUUCCUGGUGGCCUCUACGGGAUUAGUGCCGAUUUCAUAGGAUGGUGGGGAAUCCCACAAGGUGAUGCUGCCAGUCCUGAGAGCUGGUCAUAGCCCUGACGCACCUGCCGUGUCUGUGAUUGUCUCAGUUUCUGGAGCUCUACCCAGCCACGCACUCAGAAGUGCGGGCUCAGCUGCUGUUGGGGUCUGGAAUGUGAAGGCGGGAGUGACAGUCUGAGUUCUUGGAAAGCCGAGGCCGGCCGGUUGCGAUGCUCCGUGUUUGUGUGCCAGAGCAGGACUGUCUUCUGGGUGGCUGGUGACCGUCCUUCGACUCUGGGCUGUUUCCUGCAGCACAGGCAGCAGCAGGCACAGGGCACUAAGCAGCGCACACAUGUUGUACUGAGUGGCCAUGGUGCGCUCUGGGGGAUGAGGAACAUGGCUGUUUCUAGGUCGUGACAAUGGCACCAGCUUUGUGUUUGGUGCAUAGUAGUGUGUCGCUACGAAGAUCUCAGGCUUCCCCACACACACCAGCAGCAGAGACUAGGAAGCCCGGGUGCUGAGGUCAAGGGGACUCAUGGACAUGUUGGCAUGCGAGGCCUCCCGGGAGCUCAUGCUGGGUGCAGGUGCUGUGGGGGAGCAGAGGAGAGAGAAGCCCUGCCUUCGGGGACUCACAGUGGGCACAGAGCCUCCUGCCCAAGUGCCCGUGAGCAAGACUGUGGACACAUGCACGCCGUGGCAUGUGGAGCACCAGGGACUUGGGCGUGUCUGCUGGCAGUGGCUUUAAUUUGGACACCAGCAGUUCCCAGUGGGUUAUGCUGAGAGGGGAGCACAUGCAUAAGGGUUCCAGGGGCGGAAUGAGGAUGAGGUGAAAGGGGAGGAAUGAAUUCAUGUGGGGCCGUGAGCGACUGGGAAUGAGUGGGCUCAUCCACACAGCGACAUGACCAGGUCACUAAGAAACAUGUGGUCAGAUGGAUGGAUGGAAGGAAGCCCCAGGGUGGGGAGCAGGUAGGGGAUGGUCCCAGGAGGCCAGAGUGUCCAGGAAGGGGCAGGGCCUGGUUCUGUGUCUGUGGGUGGGUCAGGGACCAUCUCCCUGGAGAUGUCAGGAGAUGCGCCUGUCAGCUCAGCAAGGUCAGGUGCAGGAGUUGGGGGCCUGAGCGGCUGCAAGGUGCAGGAUCCCAGCAGCACCUUCCAGUGCAGGAGCUGCCUUUGAGGGGCAGGGGAAGGUUUGCUUCUCAAGGCACAGACAGGUGGGGGCUGGGAGGCUAAGCCCACUGCCAGAGACCACAGCCAGAGUUCUUGAAUACCUGGAAGCCUAUGAAGUUUGUUGGAAUGCUUAAUUUCCUUAGAGUCAUUGAAAAUGCAGGAAAAUUGAAACAGCAG